UCGGAGCUAGAAGCCGCAGCUGAGGCAGCAGUCACUAACGCUGCCGCCAUCCGGUGUAGUGCAUCACCCCGAGCCCACCAGCUGUGGGUCCUUCCUCCGUCCUCAGGGGGCUCCGCGAGCCCUGAGGGGAGAAGCGGCAGGGACGACGCCUCUCUUCAGCGAGGAGGCGGCCUUGCAGUCCCGGAUGCGGCCGGAAGGCGCGGGAAUGGAGCUUGGCGGCUCUGAGGAGCUCCUGCCGAAGGAGAGCAGGAGAGAGCACUGGCAGUUACUAGGUAAUUUGAAGACUACCGUGGAGGGUUUGGUGUCGGUCAACAGCCCCAACGUCUGGUCCAAGUAUGGUGGCCUGGAGAGGCUCUGCAGGGAUAUGCAGAGCAUCCUCUAUCAUGGGCUUAUCCAUGACCAGAUGUGUUGCCACCAGACUGAUUACUGGCAAUUUGUGAAAGACAUCCGGUGGCUCAGUCCUCACUCAGCCCUUCAUGUGGAGAAGUUCAUCAACUUGCAUGAGAAUAGCCAGAGCAAUGCUGAUGGUGUGAGUGAACAUGCUGUUGCAGAGUUGUGGCUGCAGCACAGCUUGCAGUGCCACUGUCUCUCAGCCCAGCUCCGGCCUCUGCUUGGGGAUAGACAGUAUAUCAGAAAAUUCUACACAGAUACUGCUUUCCUGCUAAGUGACGCCCACGUCACGGCCAUGCUCCAAUGCCUAGAAGCAGUGGAACAGAACAAUCCCCGCCUCCUGGCUCAGAUUGAUGCAUCUAUGUUUGCCGGAAAGCAUGACAGCCCACUGCUGGUGACAAAGAGCCAGAGUCUGACAGCUCUCCCUGGUUCCACAUACAACCCUCCCACCAGCUAUGCUCAGCAUUCUUACUUUGGGUCCUUCUCUAGCCUCCACCAAUCUGCACCCAACCAUGGCUCAGAGAGAAGAUCUACUUCUUUUUCACUCUCUGGGCCUCCCUGGAAACCUCAAGAAAUCAGAGGGCACAUCUCACCAGAAGAGGAUCAAACCAUCCAAGUCCCUGUGCUUUCGGUCUCUGCACUAACCAGGAAUUCCUCCUCGACCCCAAAUGAGAUGAGCACCAGCACUCUGACCAGCCCCAUAGAGGCAUCCUGGGUCAGCAGCCAGAAUGAUUCCCCGAGUGAUGCCAGUGAGGGGCCUGAGUACCUGGCCAUUGGCAACCUGGACCCCCGAGGCCAGACUGCUAGCUGUCAGAGUCACAGCAGCAGUGCUGAGAGCAGCAGCUCCAGUUUGUUCUCCUCCAGCAGCUCCCAGAAGCCAGAUUCUGCUGCUGUUUCUGUAGGGGACCAGGAGGGUGGUGGGCAGAGCCAGCUGUCCAGUGUCCUUCGCAGGUCCAGCUUCUCAGAGGGGCAGCUACUCACUGUUACCAGUGGACCAAAGAAGAGCCAUAUUCGCUCCCAUUCGGAUACCAGCAUUGCCUCCAGAGCCCCAGGAGGCCCCAGGAAUAUCACCAUUAUAGUUGAAGAUCCCAUUGCAGAAUCCUGCAAUGAUAAAUUGAAGUUGAGAGGCUCCUUGCCCUACUCUGGCCAAAGCAGUGAGGUCAGCACACCCAGCUCUCUGUACAUGGAGUAUGAGGGUAGUCAGUACCUAUGUUCAGGGGAAGGCAUGUUCCGAAGACCAUCAGAAGGACAGUCCCUCAUCAGCUACCUCUCUGAGCAAGACUUUGGCAGCUGUGCAGAUCUGGAAAAGGAGAAUGCCCACUUCAGCAUCUCAGAGUCCUUGAUUGCUGCCAUUGAGCUAAUGAAGUGCAACAUGAUGAACCAGUGCCUGGGAGAGGAGGAAGUAGAGGAAGAGGACAGUGAUAGAGAGAUUCAGGAACUGAAGCAGAAGAUCCGCCUUCGGCGCCAGCAGAUCCGCACCAGGAAUCUGCUCCCCAUGUACCAGGAGACUGAGCAUGGAAGCUUUCGGGUCACCUCUAGCAGCUCCCAGUUAAGUUCACGUGAUUCAGCACAGUUCUCUGACUCUGGCUCUGCUGAUGAGGUUGAUGAAUUUGAAAUCCACGAUGGUAAUGAAAGAUCUAACAUGACUCACAUGUCAAAGAAUGGACUCUCAGUGUCAGUGGCCUUGAUGUUCUCAGAUGCUGACAUCAGAAGGAGCACAGCCUCAAGCGGCAAAUCGUUCAUUUCCUCCCAGUCCUUCUCCCACUGCUUCCUGCACUCCACAUCUGCUGAGGCAGUGGCCAUGGGGCUUCUGAAGCAAUUUGAGGGGAUGCAGCUUCCAGCUGCCUCAGAGCUAGAGUGGCUAGUCCCAGAGCAUGAUGCUCCUCAGAAGCUCCUGCCCAUCCCUGAUUCACUGCCUAUCUCACCAGAUGAUGGGCAGCAUGCUGACAUCUAUAAGCUGCGUAUUCGUGUUCGUGGCAACCUAGAGUGGGCCCCACCCCGGCCUCAGAUAAUUUUUAAUGUUCAUCCAGCUCCAACGAGGAAAAUUGCUGUGGCCAAGCAGAAUUACCGCUGUGCAGGAUGUGGCAUCCGGACUGACCCUGAUUAUAUCAAGCGGCUGCGGUACUGUGAAUAUUUGGGCAAGUACUUCUGUCAGUGCUGCCAUGAGAAUGCCCAGAUGGUUAUCCCUAGUCGGAUUCUACGCAAGUGGGAUUUCAGCAAGUACUAUGUCAGCAAUUUCUCCAAGGACCUGCUCAUUAAGAUCUGGAAUGAUCCUCUCUUCAAUGUGCAGGACAUCAACAGCGCUCUCUAUAGGAAGGUCAAGCUGCUUAAUCAAGUCCGACUGUUGCGGGUCCAGCUGUAUCACAUGAAGAACAUGUUCAAGACAUGCCGACUGGCCAAAGAGCUUCUGGAUUCCUUUGACACAGUCCCAGGCCACCUGACAGAAGAUCUCCACUUGUACUCACUGAAUGACCUGGCUGCAACCAGGAAGGGGGAGCUGGGGCCCCGGCUUGCUGAGCUCACCAGGACAGGGGCUGCCCAUGUAGAGCGAUGCAUGCUCUGCCAAGCCAAGGGCUUCAUCUGUGAGUUCUGUCAGAAUGAGGAUGACAUCAUCUUUCCUUUUGAGCUCCAUAAAUGCCGGACCUGUGAAGAGUGUAAAGCAUGUUACCAUAAAGCUUGUUUCAAGUCUGGAAGCUGUCCCCGGUGUGAGCGGCUGCAGGCCCGUCGAGAGUUGCUCGCCAAGCAGAGCCUGGAGUCCUACAUGUCAGACUAUGAGGAGGAAUCCACUGAAGCCUUGGCCCUAGAAGCCACCAUCCUGGAGACCACCUGAAGAAAGCACACUAAGCCUUCUAUCCACGGGCUAGGGUCACACAUAAUGCAGAACUGAGCCACCCUCUUAAGGACUUUCCCCACUUGGGGCUUUUUAAAAAGAUUAUUAUUAUUUUUUAUGACCUGUCUGAUGUCCAUGUGUAGUCAGCCUUUCUUAGGUUGAUGGCUCCAGUCUGUUGUGACAGAUAAUUUUGGGGCACCAGGUAAUCCAUCAAAACUGACAUAUGGGUCUUAAGUGAAGCUUAUAGUGCCUCUGUCAGGGGAAUGGACAGUGAGAUCCAAUUUUUCUGACAUCCAUGGCUUUCUCCACCAGGACCAGAUCUGGUUUCAGCUGCAUAUCAAGUAUCAUUUCCAGUUUUUAUUUUGUUUUAGUUCUCCAGCUUCUGAGCCAAGCCUUUCUUAACUCUCUUCUCCUUUGCUGCUGAAACAGAGUGAUGAGGAGUUUUCUCUCUCCCAAUCCUGGAAUAGUGUCAGACUGUGCCCUGAGGAGAAGCAGCAGAGAAUGGGACAACAUCAUGGACAUUCUCUCCAACUUAUUGAGAUAUUUUGGGGGCCAUAAAAACAGAAUCAUUACCGUCCUAGAAUCCUCAGAGACCUAAAGGAGGCAGCUAUGACUUCCCUGUUUGAAAUAUUCUAGGCAUAGAUAAUUUCACAAGCUGACUUUCUUUAUCUAUGCCAGUAAGCUUGAAGCAAAGAACAGAACUGAUGCUUAGGCCAGGACCAUUUGUAGCCGUACACCACAAGCAUAAGUGAGGCUAUAACUCUGUUGCUUAAGCAACAUUUAUUCAGUUAGAGGAACUGUUGGCCUCCUCUUAGAUAUUAAGUUCUCUUUAAGUUAACCUAGUUCUUUGGUGCAGGUAUGAUCUUUCAAGCUCAGGCAAGUACCUGACACCAUCCUAAGGUGAGGAUAGAAACCCCACCCACCAUCUUAGUGGGUCCCUUACUACUCUAUUCUCUGUUAGAUGAUCAUAGUUGUUCUGAGUAAAAUACAGCCCAACUCCAUUCUCUCUCCCUUUUCUGCAAAAGAGCUGGAGCCCUCCCUGGUGGCUAAUCUCCUGCCUUAGUUUCUUUUGUCAAAGUUGGGGAAAAAGUGGUGUUAGAGAACUUGACAAUUUGUGGAUGUGAGUGUGAAUAUUCCUUUGUUCUUGGGAUAACAAGAGCCUUUAUGCCAAUUAUGCACUUAAUUCUUUAUCUGGCCUGGUGAUAUUCAUAUGUUCAAUAAUUCUUUUUAUUUUACUAAUUUUAACAUCCCUCCCUUUUUAAUGUGUGUUUGGAAAGGAAAAGUUCUUGAAUGGGACCAUGUAUUUUUGUGGUGUUCUGUAAGUCGCUAUAACUUCUAACCUCUAUGUAAAACAAUUUUCAGGAUUGCUUCUCCAAGGGCUGGCAGCUCUGUGAACUAGAGCCCACAUUUUUGUUCUGGGACUCACUUCUUCCUGUGUACCUGUCUUCCCAUAGUUGGUUGCUAGUAAAAAAAAAAAAAAAUGGCUUGGGUGCUGCCCCAGGAAGCGAAUAAAAAGUUGCAUAUGGUUGGUGGAAGCUGAUGAGUGCCUGAGUUGGAAGUAACAAGGAAGUAAAGGAGCAUUAAGAUAACGACCAGAGGGCCGGCCCGUGGCUCAUUUGGGAAAGUGUGGUGCUGAUAACACCAAGGCCACGGGUUCGGAUCCCUAUAUAGGGAUGGCCGGUUAGCUCACUUUGGAGAGCAUGGUGCUGACAACACCAAGUCAAGGGUUAAGAUCCCCUUACCGGUCAUCUUUAAAAAAAAAAAAAAAAGAAAGAUAACAGCUAGAGCUGAGGCUCCACCAGGGAGGAAACAUGUAGGAAUUUGCCCAUGGUGUUGGUUCCUCUGCCUCAAACUUGGGACUGAAGGCUACCUUGGGCUGGAAGACCCAGGCUGGAAGGCUAUUUUCCCUUCAGGUCAUUGUGAAGCUCUAAAAGCCAAGGCCCGGCCCAGUUUUGAAGGGCUUACUAGAAACUCCCUUGUCCUCUAAGGAGAUUUGGGAAUGACCCCACAAAACCCAAGUCUUACUAAGGGUUAGGCCCCAGAUUGGGUGAUCUCUAUUUCCAGUUUCAGUUUAAAUUACAAACUCAGCUCUUAACUCCAAGUCACUACACUAGAAGAGAUGUAUUCCCUUGUUGUCUUACCUGUUUCAUAGCAGCAUAGGAUCAAAUGAUAGAAAAUGCUGACACAAUUUCUAAAGCUCAACUUAAGCUUACAUGCUCCUGAGUUUUCACUUAUUUUUCUCCACCUCCCCCACCCUAUCCUUUUAGAUUGUAUAUCUGUUUUAGUGACCCUGAUACUAUGCUGUUUUCACCAUCCAAAUACAUAUUUAUUUAUUUAUUUGAGAGUACAGAAGAGCGGCAGACGAUAGGAUGUUUUGAAGCACUUUGCAACUUAUCGGUAUCUGAAAAUCCCGUUAUUGUGGGGAGAAGUUUCUGAAUGCACUGAAGAAAGUUCCUCCUAAAUGAAAUGGGAGGGAAGAAGUGUUCUUUUCUGUAAAUAAAGGGGGAAAAAAAAAAAAAAAACAGUUUGCUUGCAAGGUGGAGACAAGAUUCAAAACAUAGCAGAAGAGUGGAAGGCGAGUAUUUUCCACUUAAAUGAGGCUGUUUCUGACAUUUCCCUGCCAAGGCUUUAGAGCUUUUGUUGAAUUAACAUAAAAGAAGCAAAAAUCUAAAUAGAGAUGUUCUGAACUGGAAUUCCACUUGCUGUAGUUCUUGCACGGUCUAACAGCUCAUUGUCAUUGUUAAUAAACUAAGUGAAUGAAA